UCGUGAUCUAGCAAUCAAACAAGACAAGUUUGUGUAACUAAGUCCCUUAAAACUGGGUGCUUACAGUUUUUAGUGUGUGAGUUCAAUGUUUAGAUUUAUUGUUUAGCCUAAUUGUUAAGUGUGUUUCAGACCACGCCCACCAUGGUCUGGAGGCUGUCAGUAGUUACCGCCCUUGUCUUAGUGCUGCUGCACCCGGCAGAUGGCGCCACGCUGGUGCCAUUUAAAGAUUACUUGUCGCUGCCGACUCAGCAGAACGUGGUCCCAGCAUAUGGUCAACGGCUGCCGGACCAGGUACCGGGGCCGACCUUAACCUUGGAAAAUGUUCUAGGGCUGACUGACGCGGACAGCAAGCUCCAGCCUGAAGAAUCGUUCGUGUCUACGCUCGGCAAAACAAAGACCAAAUAUCGCCAGAGGUUCCAGGGCAUCAAGAUCUACGACGCCGUGGUGACGGUGGAGCAGGAUCUCUUCAAGAUCACCAUUCUAGCGGCCAACGUCUUUAACGGGCUAGCUGACGACCUGGGGUAUUCAAUGGCAUGUGACCUUGACCGUGAUGAGGCCAUUGAAAUAACUCUCAAACACUUUAACCUACAGGGUGGUGAAGUUGGCACGACGCUGUUCGAGGAAUUAAUUUACAUUGACGUCACCAGCAGCCGUGCCCGCCGUGUGUUGAGCGUCGCCAUCUUGGUGACCACCGACUCAGGCACGUUCAGACCCGUGGCUUUCAUUGACAAGUGCUCGCGAGAUGUUGUGGAUGCUUUUGAUAAAGGGGCAUACCAGCUACCGACAGGAGAAGUUGGAGCCGAGAAGACUUGUGACUUUAAAGGCAAGGGCGGCAAUCCGAGGCGAGAACUGGACUUCGGGAGCCCGCCAUUUUGUUUAUAUCCGUUGAAAAGAUCGUCAAAUAGAAAAAUUUGCUUCUUGGAGAAUGAGUUUGUAAAAGGCGCCGACCUGAAGACUAGCAAGAAGACGAGGAAUCCACAAGUGGUCAACUUCACCUGUUCUCGAGGCUACAAUGACGCGGUCAAUGGAGGAUUAUCGCCCGUACUUGAUGUGUUUUUUUACGGCACCAAGACCGCCAAAUUGUACCGAGACUGGUACAACUACCCGUCUCUGAGGGAUCCGAUCCCCUUCAUGGUUGCACACUUCGGGCAGAACUUCAGCAACGCCGUGUGGGACGGGAAGAACGUGCUGUUUGGGGACGGGGACGGGGUGAGCCUGUACCCCCUGACCGGGGUCAACACCGUGGCACACGAAUACGCUCACGGCGUCACCGAGAAGACGUCCAAUCUGGAGUACAAGGGUCAGCCAGGGGCGAUAAACGAGGCCUUCUCCGACAUGGCAGGUGAAGCCCUAGAGGAAUACAUCUUCGGCCAGGUCGACUGGAUCGCUGCACGGGAGGUCUACAUCAAGGACCAAGACGAUUUUCGGUAUUUUGAUGACCCAAGCAAAGAUGGCGCAUCAAUCGGCCACGUGAAAGAUUACACGGAUAGUCUUGAUCUACACUUGAGUAGUGGAAUCUACAACCGCGUUUUCUGGUUAAUAGCCCAGCAGCUAGGAAUACGGUCAACAUUUGAAUGUUUCCUGCUGGCCAACCGCCUGUACUGGCGUGAGAGAUCAGACUUUGAGCUGGGCGCGUGUGGCGCCCUCAGGGCGGCGUACGACUCUGGCCUUGACCUGGAUAUUGUGGCCGAGAGUUUCAGGAACGUGGGUCUGGAGCUAAAAGAGUGCGAUGACCUUUCCAAGCUAGUGACAGCAGAACUCAGACCAGGCCAGGUCUCCAGGAACCUGACCGUCACCCAGCUCAAGAACCCGCUCUUCAGGGUCUCAGUGCCGUACGGGGUGGGACGGAUCCGACUCAAGUCGUCUGCAAACGUUCAGAUCAGUGUGUGUCAGACCUACCAGCGGUGCCAGUACCCGCUGGCCGUGGGUCAAAGGUCGCUCACUGCCAGCGUCCAGCCUGGAGAUCUGUUUGUCCGGCUCUCGCCCCGCCUAGCCGAUGUCACCCUUACAAACGUCGACCUCGCUGUCACGUUUGGCUUCAUGUCACCCUAGCAAACGUUGACCUAACUGUCACGUUUGGCUUCAUGUCACCCUAGCAAACGUUGACCUAACUGUCACGUUUGGCUUCAGUUAAGUUUUGACUGUCAAAACAAAUGUAUGCUUUUUUUUUUAGCUGUUUGGGUUUAAAAAAACAUUUUCCCCCCUUUUCUUUUAAUUUUCCACUAUUAAUUUAGAUUGUGUCAAAUGAUGACCCGUUUAUUUAUUUCUGAGGUUUGGACAAAACAUUUUCAGGUUAAUUGUUUAACUACGCAUGUAAAUGUAUCAAACAAAUAAAAGAUAAAAAUAUCAA